AUGAAGAAAAAAGGGACCAAGCAGAAGUCCAAGACCAAAGGAAGUGAAAAUGCUUUCGGCUGUGACCUGACGGAACAUCUCCAGAACUCAGGACAGGAUGUCCCUCAGGUGCUACAGAAAUGUGCAGAGUUUAUCGAGAAGCACGGGAUUGUACAUGGGAUCUACAGGUUGUCAGGGGUCACCUCAAAUAUUCAACGACUCAGACAGGAAUUCAGCUCUGAGGCGUGCCCUGACCUUACAAAGGAAGUGUACCUACAGGACAUCCACUGUGUGGGUUCUUUAUGCAAGCUGUACUUCAGGGAGCUACCAAAUCCUCUGCUCACAUAUGAGCUAUACAGCAAAUUCACUGAAGUGGCCUCAGUGUGCGGCGAUCAUGAAAGACUUGCACACAUUCAAAAGACGGUUAAGGAAUUACCGACCCCUCACUUCAGAACUCUGGAGUACCUCAGCAAGCAUUUGGCCCACCUCGCCACUUUAAGUGCCCAGACAAACAUGCACACACGCAAUCUGGCUUUAGUUUGGGCUCCUAAUCUAUUGAGAUCUAAAACAAUAGAGGCCGCAUCUGGUAAUGGAGACAUGGCUUUUCAGGAAGUGCGAAUACAACAGUCAGUGGUGGAGUUCAUUUUGAACCACACCGAGCAGAUCUUUAACACUGACUCCGUGCAAAUCAAACCAAAAGAAGGGCCAAGUUUAAUAUGUGGGGAGAAAUACGCCACGCUCCCCAUUAGCGGUCAGAGUGGGCCGAUGAAACUGAUGAGCCUGGAAGAAGCCCAAGCUCGCUCCUUAAGUCCAAAUCAUCCUCUGCACAAAGAACGCCAACGGGAGAACAGUCUGCCUGACACCAGCAUGGCCACGCUCUACCACACUGUCAUAGACUUGGACAGCAAGAGAAAGCUUUCUGGAAAAUCGAAGAAAUGGAGAUCUAUCUUCAACUUGGGACGCUCCGUGGACUCCAAAGGAAAACUGAGCCGAAAUGGAAGCGUGUUCAUUAGAGCCCCUGGGUUAACAGAAAAGUCAUCUCUUCGACCGUCCAGAAGUAUGGAGUCACUGUGCUCCUUGCCAACAGAUGAUGAUAGAACUGGAAACAGUCCAUCAGGGGGACAAGGCAGCAUUUUUGUUCCGGAUGUCAAAUCAAGAACACUGGGAUCUGAUUCACUUUAUGACUUGAGUGAACAUGAGCAAAACUGGGAGUUUAAAGGGAAAAAAUCUGGCAGCGUAACAGGCGGUUGGAACUCUGGGUUGAGCCAAAAGGGCAGCUUAUCAGGUGCUUCAGCAACCCCUCAAAGAACAUUGCCGGAGCAGCUCAAGGUGUUUAAGGGAGAUGACCUGAGUGGCAACAAACCUACGUCUCCUAAAAACAGAAGGAUGCUGUACUCGGGUUCCUCCUACAACAGUUCAUCUCGACCUUCCUUUCCUGGAAGCUUCUUUCCGCUGGAGUCAUCGCCGAGGCACCAGCGUAGAGCCGUCAACAUAUCGGAGCCUUUCGCUGUGUCGGUACCCCUGCGCGUGUCGGCCGUUAUCAGCUCUAACAGCACGCCUUGCAGAGGGCUUGCCAAGGAUAGGAUGGCUGCAGCAGCACUGAAACCUUGCAAGGAGACUUCAGACCAGAGCGGUGGUGGAAAAAGCAACAUGUGUCCAGUAGUGGAACCCAGCAACAGAGAUGGAACAGAGAAGAAACAGACAGAGAGAGUCUCAAAUGCAAUGCCAAAGGGUAAAACCAGAGAAUUAUUCCAAGAAGAGAUGAGCAAGACUCAACUGGAAGCGCUUUCAAUUGUGAGUGAAGGCACAGCAAAAAUACCCUUCACUGGGCAACAACUGGAAAAUCAGUCAAAACCCGCUCAACAGGAUAAGGAAUUAUGCAUCACAAAGGAGCUUUGGUAUGACGUCCACCAAGAGCUGAAGAUAACAGAACCUGAAAUGGACCUACUAGAUAAGACUUACGAUGCCAUCCUACCUGGCCAAAACAAGAAGUUAACUAUGGAUGUAAAGUCAAAAAGAAGCCGCAGCUCUCCAUCGCUGUCCAUGUUCUGUAAAGACCAGUCUUCCAAAUCCUAUCUCUAUGAUCAUCUUAACACCUCUAGGUCUGAAUCUACAGUGAAACAGCCUUCAGAGUCCGACAUUGUAUUUUCUCUCCUAAAAAAUGAUCUUUGGGUCAAUGAAGGCAUAAAAAUUGUCAACCCUGUUCUGGAAGAAACUGACAAGAAAUUUUCUUCUUUGAAUAAAGCGCAUACUAUAGAGCCCCAAGUUAGUUUCACAAGUGACUCUCAAAUCCUCAGAGGCUCCUUAGCAGCAAUUGAUAGCCAAGGAGAAGCUGAAGAACAUGAAAGUCCUGAAGAAACCCAAAACAUCUCAUGUGAUGUAGAGAAAAUUCCUGAAGUUGUAUCCCAGUUUUCCAUAUGUCUGGAGGAGAGACCAAAUUCUCUGGACCUGCCAAUCCAGGAAGAUGAUGAAGGAUUGGCAGGAAACUCUGAAGAGCUGGAUCUAGUGGAAUCAUGGGAAGACCUCAGCUCCAGCAAGCAGUGGGUCACAAGUCCACUGCACUCCCCAGACGUGGAAGAGUUGUUUAAGCAGCAAUUGCCGUUCAGCUCUCAAUCUGUAACUCUGAACUCAGACGAGGAUCGGACCUCAUUUUCUUCACACAGUGUUAAACAAUCAAAAAGAUUAUCCCUUGCGAAAACCUCAUCAGGAAACAUUUCACAAACAUCCAGCAGCAAAUAUGAAACCGAUUUGGCCUCUCUGCCUUCUACGAACGCUAGUCUCAACACCAGUAAUGGAACACAAGCUCCAAUUGGAAAAUGUGGAACAAAAAAACUGAAAUCAUCGCAACACUUUUAUAGACAAAUGUCUUACGAAUCAGCCGGACCAGAAAAAAGAGACGAACACAACCUUUCCAAACACAGACCAUGCUCCCUCAACCUAGACUUGGGGCCUCGAUGCAUUAGGGACAUUUCUAACCAGCAAAGCCGUCCUUCGCUCAAGCUUUCUUCCUAUACGAGGAGUCUGUCAGAGACUGUAAACAGUGGGCUCCUCUCCGAGUUGGACUUGUUCUUGAACGAUAGCCAGGCACCUUUGCGACGAAAUUCUGCCCCCCUCAGUGUUGCAUCCGUCCGGACCGCCUUCAUGAUUAAGACGUGCAAGGCCAAAGCUGUGCCUGUUGUACCUCCAAAGGUGCAGUAUAGUCAGAUACCUCACUCCAGACAAGACAGUGACAUUGAGACAGAGAAAGAACAAGACACGGCUUGUCCUAAAAAUAGUACAGAGAAAAGCCACGAAGCACCUCCCCCAGCGAUUUCAGAUCUGAAGGACGAGUUAGAGAAUAAGGAGCCUGUGGCCAAACAGCAAAACCACCCAAAAGUUCAGAAACAAGCAGAAAAUGUGACGACAACCACAACAGUACCGCCAGUCAUCACCAGGCGACACACCCCCAGUCUUGAAGUUUUUGUUGACAGACCUAACAGAGCAAAUAUUUUACAAAGGUCGUCUUUUAGGAACCGGCAAAGACCCCAGAGUCUGAUACUGUUCAGUCCUCCUUUUCCCAUUAUGGAUUACCCUCCGCCCGGUGACGACGGCAAACUUCUGUCCAUCAAGAGCAUGAAUGAGGAAUCGGCAAUGAAAGAGACAUCCGUAGAUGGGGUUGCCCUCCAAAAUAAAAUGACUAUCCCAAAGAGUGGUCAGAGACUAGAAACAUCAACCAGCUGCUUCUACCAACCACAAAGGAGAUCGAUGAUUUUUGAGAGCAGGAACCACAGACAGAUAGAGUAA